AUGAGCAAAAUACCCAAGCGAUUUCAGAUAUACUUCAAGUAUGCCGUUGGUUUCAAGUGCAAAAUCAUACCUCCUCCAAAAACACCAUCAGAGUUACAUUUUAUAACCGAAAGCUUUCGCAAUUUAGCUACGGUUGAUAUUUUGAAAACGACGCCAUUGAAUUCGGAGGCAUUGGUUGACAACAAAGUAUUUCAGGUUGAUAUACUAUUCAGUCCAAUUCGUAAAAAGAGUGUGUUUCUGCCUUUGUCAAUUGAUGAUGAAGAAGCUGAACAGAUUUUUGACUCACAUCCGAGGAAUGUUGUCAUACGAGACAAACUCAAGGAGAAGCUACUGAAUUUAAUAUCAAUUCCGAGAUACUUGUACGUUGAAAAUGACGAAAUGUUUUCAGGUAACCAGCGACUGAUUCAAUUCGUACAUGAGCUAUCUAGUAACGGACGAGAUCUUCUUGGUAAGUAUGAUUUGUCACUAGGUACUAUUGAGAAUCCCUUUAUAUCACUUACCAAGUUCGAUCCUAGUUUGAAUGAGAAGCUGGAUAAGUUUAGACUACGACGGGCAAUUCGAAAUGAUGUGCAACAUUUUCACAAAUUGCAGGAUAUAGAGAUCUACACGAACCAUACACACAUUUUACAUAAACUUGAAACUAAUACAUUUUGA